AUGGAUCGUCAUUGGCCACCCAGUGAUAUUGGAGCUAAUUUCUAUUUCACACUUGGAGCAUACAGUAGUCCGAGCGCCGGUGUUCUAUCUCAACAGAUGUCAUGGCUUCGAUCGGCCAAUGCACAGGGAUGUCCAGAAGCUCGAGUAGCUGCAUCACUUGGUUCACAACCAUUCAAUAAAACUGGUAAAUCCACGAUCGAUGAUCGUGUUUACACCACAGUUUACGAAGGUUUUAAAAUUGGCAAACAUAUUGCAAGAAAACAUGGAGACAAUCGAUGUUUAGGUUUUCGAGUAGAUCGUAAAGGUGAAUAUAUAUGGUUGACAUAUGAAGAAGUCGAACGUGCCGCUACAAAUAUUGGUAGUGCACUUAUUCAAUUAGGUGAAAACCAUGGUCAAAAGACAUUUAUUGGUAUAUAUGCAGUUAAUUGUGUUGAAUGGCUCAUUAUAGCUUUAGCAUGUCAUUGUUAUAGUAUGAUUUAUGUGCCUCUUUAUGAUACACUCGGUGAACCUGCUCUUAUUCAUAUUAUAAAUCAGACUGGUUUAAGAACAAUUUUUGUUGACAAAGCUGAAAAUGUUCUGAAUUUACUUAAACUUGCCCGUCAAGUUCCAACAUUAGAACGAAUCAUAUUAGUGAAAAGAUUACCCGAGGAUAAACAACAUAAAGUGAUAAGAAAGGCAUCUAGAAGAGGAAUUCAAAUUUUCACAUAUCAACAAUUAUUAGCAAUCGGUCAAUCAAGACCAAUAGCUCAUUAUCCACCUAAACCUAAGUAUUUAUUUCAAAUUUGUUAUACAAGUGGUACAACAGGUUUACCGAAAGGUGCCAUGUGCAGACAUAAAAAUAUUAUUUCUGUGAUUCAAACAGCAACUGAAUUACUCAAACCUAUUUUGACUGAAUUGGAAACAUUAAUUUCAUACUUACCAUUGGCUCAUGCAUAUGAACAAGUGGUUGAACUUUAUUGUUUAUGUAAUGGUUUUAAAAUUGGUUAUUAUCUAGGUGAUAUAAGUCUACUCUCUGAUGAUAUGGCUCAUUUGAAACCAACGUUUAUGCCAAGUGUACCUCGAGUUUUGAAUCGAAUGCACGAUACUAUUCAAGCAACGAUUCGUCAAUUACAGGCAUCUCAACAGAGUUUACCUACUACGGCAUUAUCAGCUCAAGGAAAUGAUACUAAUCAAGAUUCUGUAGCACGUCAAAAUGCUUUGAAUGGUUUAAUUAUACAACAGGUUCAAAAAAGUCUCGGUGGACGUAUUAAAUUAAUAUUUAGUGGUGCUGCACCAUUAUCACCAACAGUGUUACAAUUUCUUAGACGUGUUUCUGGUGCUCAUGUUAUUGAAGGCUAUGGACAAACAGAAUGUUGUAGUUUAUCAACAUGUCAACUAUUUGGUGAUCCAUCUGUUGGACAUGUCGGAGUACCAGCACAUUGUAAUAUGAUUAAAUUAGUUGAUGUACCUGAUAUGCAAUAUUUUGCAAAAGAUAAUGUUGGAGAAAUAUGUAUUAAAGGUCCAAAUGUAUUUAAAGGUUAUUAUCGUGAUGAAGAAAAAACACGAGAAGUAAUCGAUAAUGAAGGAUGGUUACAUACGGGAGAUAUUGGUAAAUGGAUAGAAACUGGUCAACUUCAAAUUAUUGAUCGAAAGAAACAUAUGUUUAAAUUAUCACAAGGUGAAUAUGUUGCACCAGAACGUAUUGAAAAUAUUUAUAUUCAAAGUAGAUAUAUAGCUCAAGCAUUUGUUUAUGGUAAUAGUUAUAAGAGUCGUACAGUAGCUAUUAUUGUUCCAGAUCCAAAUGAACUCUUAAAAUAUGCAAGUGAACAUCACAUUUCAGGUAACAUGGAAGAAUUAUGUAAGAAGAAAGAAAUUAAAGAUUUAAUUCUCAAUGACAUACAACAUUUGGAAAAAUCAAAUUUAUUAAAAGGUUUUGAGAUGGUAAAAGAUAUUUAUCUUCAUCCUGAACAAUUUUCAGUUGAAAAUAAUCUUAUAACACCAACGAUGAAAUCAAAACGACCUGAAGUAGCAAAAUAUUUUGAAAAGCAAAUUGAUGAAAUGUACAAAUAUAUUGAAUAA